CCGUGCGGUGGCGACGUGCCGAGUCGACGCGAUGUGUUUGAUGUAUGCUUGCGGGGCUCUACGCGCGUCGCUUCACGGCUCUGCAAGCGAGAGUGCCAGUGCUCUGAGAUGAUUUGCUCCGCAGCUGCGGCACGAGCCGAACGCAGCGCUGCGCAAUUACAAGAGCACGUACGGAACGGUGCGUCAACAACCUCGUUUGCUGUCUAAGGCGCUAGAUGGCCUACAGCCCAGAGCACUUUUGCUGUGCAGGCAGAGCAAAAGCCGAUGGUGUGCUAACUCAGCGCGAGUCGCCGCACCGCUCUCCAGACGCUGCGACAAGGACGCACGGAUACCAUUGAUCACAGCGCAGCGCUGAGCUGGAAAGCGACGACGUCUGCCGCUCGCACCAAAUGGCAGCCCAAACACUGGCAAGCAAAAGCACCGCCAUCGUAGAAGGCACCGCCCUCGUCGCCGGCGCCACACGACAACUCACCGGCCGCCUCGCGUUCAGCGGCACGGGCCUGAGCUUCUGGGGCGGCGUCGAUCCCGUCAGUGGCAAAGUUAUCGACGAGAGGCACCCGUUGUGCGGGAGACGAAUCACCGAUAGCAUCCUGGCCAUUCCUUCCGGAAGAGGGAGCUGCACGGCGUCGCAGAUCGUGCUCGAGCUCGUCCUGAACAACACGGCCCCGAGGGCGAUCGUGUUGAGAGACCGCGACGCCGUCGUGGCCGUCGGCGCCCUGGUGGCGCGCGAGUUCUUCGGUGCGAUCCCGCCACUCAUCUUGGCGUGUACGGAUUUCGACGCGUUGGAAAGCUUGGACGGCGAAUUCGUUUCAGUGACGGCAGACACAGCAGCACUACCACUCCCUCAAUUAACAGAAGCGGACCAAGCCGCUUUGGACGGUGCAAAUGGCCCCGCGGUGCAGCGGGCCAUGAGGAUCGUCGUCGAAACGGCGAGGAUCCAAGGGGCGGCAUCACUGGUCGACGUCGCCGCGGCGCACAUCGACGCUUGUACCUACGUCGGGCCGGGCGGCCUCGCCUUCGCCGAGAAGCUCGUCGAGCUCGGUGGUAGUGUCAAAGUGCCGACGACCACCAACAGUUGUUCGGUGGACCGCCGCAACUGGCGCCGCCUGGGCGUUUCUGAGGAACUGGGAGAGCCCGCGUCGCGCGUCGCCGACGCGUAUGUCGCCUUGGGCUGCACUGACAGCUUCACGUGCGCGCCCUACUUGCUAGAGUCGGCGCCCUCCCAGUCCACACAUGUAGCGUGGGGCGAGAGCAACGCCGUCGUCUACGCCAACUCCGUGCUUGGUGCGAAAACACAAAAAUACGCCGAUUAUUUGGACGCGUGCGCGGCUCUUACCGGAAGGGCGCCGCUAGCGGGAGCUCACAUCGAGCGGGACGCAUCGGUAGAUAUUGUGUGUGACCUGAGUGCGGGCGAGAACGACUUCUGGCCGCUCCUGGGUUAUGUGGUGGGCCUGCAGGCCGGUUCCAAAAUUCCUUAUGUAAGGUUGGAGGCGUCGCCCUCCCGAGACGACCUCAAGGCGUUUGCCGCGGCCUUCGGCACGACCAGUGGAGCGCCGCUCUUCCACGCGCCGUGGACGCCUCGUAUCGGUUUGAUCGAGCGGCCCCGGCCGUCCAUGACAUUGAGCGAAGGCGACCUCGCGACGGCCUGGGCCGAUUUAUGUAAAGGCGAAGGCGACGUCGAUUUGAUAGCGCUCGGGAGCCCUCAUUUAUCAUUGGAUGAGUUGGAGGCCUUGGCGUCAUAUGUCGCAGGCGAGAAGAAGCACGACGCCGUGCGAGUCGUCGCGACGCUCGGCGGCGCCACGCGACGAAAAGCUUCGAGCGACGCGUUGAAAGCCCUCGACGCGUUCGGCGUCGAGCUCGUCGAGGACACGUGCUGGUGCAUGCUCACCGUCCGUCGUGCCGCCUUCUUCCGGAAAGUUGGCGCUGACGGACUCCGCGAAGUACGCGCACUACGCGCCCGGUCUGGUCGGCCGCCGGCCGCGGCUGGCUUCUAUGUCUCGUUGCGUCGCCUCGGCUAUUUCCGGGCGCUUCGCGGCGCGGCGGCCGGCGUGGCUUCAGUCGCGCCGGGGUUUCGCGGCGGCGGCGCGGCGCGUCUUGUUGGUGGUGCGUUAGUGUUGUAAUCCUUUGUUGGUUG